GACAUUUAUUCAAAUGAAUUUACAGUUACAUAACUUGCAUUCAAGUUAUAUUAUAGCUAUCACAAGAAUCGUCUCCCUUCUCCUAUGAUUCAUCCGCAAUACUCUCGCGCAGUACUCGUUAAAACGCGCGGGAAACCACCGACGUCGUCGAGAGUCGCGGGAAAGGUUCUAUUCGACAAACCAUUUUAUGCAAUCCUGACUGAUCGCGAGAAAUUCAUCUGGAAAUAUUUUCGGCCGAAAAAUACACUAGAAGAAGGAAAAGGAUGGGUAAUGUAAGAGUCAGCUGAAUUUGGCGGCACAGCCCGAUCAGCUGAUUGGCGGACGGCGGUUUAGGCGCGAAACGUCGGCACGGGAAGCCAAUCGCGACACAGUCGAGAUAAUUUUGCCCGCGUAAGGUGCCAGUGUUUCCUGCUCCGUUCUUUAGAACGGUUCCUGGUGUCGUUCGUUAUCGUUAUCAGACGUCGUCUCCUUCGCCUAUUGCCGUCAUCGUCGUUACUGAGCAUCAAAAUCUAGUUAAAAUCGUGAACUGAGAACAUCUCGAUAACGAUGGCAUUGCACGAAUCCACAAAAGAGAACGUUCGCAAGCACCUAGAGGAUGUAUCGUUACACACAUCACCAAAAAAAUCAUGCAUUUCUCCAACUAUAUCUCAGGAUCACGGUUUGAAAAAUGGGGUACAACUAAAGGAGGACUUCAAUCCAAAACUGGAGCCAUUGCUCCAGGAAGGCCCAAACCGUUUUGUAAUUUUCCCUAUUCAGUAUCCUGAUAUCUGGGACAUGUAUAAAAAGGCUGUAGCCUCUUUUUGGACCAUAGAAGAAGUAUCCCUUCACAAGCAAGACAAAAAGGACUGGAAUGAAAAACUAAAUUCCGAUGAGAAACGCUUUAUCUCUCAUGUCUUAGCAUUCUUUGCCGCUUCCGAUGGUAUCGUUAAUGAGAAUCUGAUUGAGAAAUUCAGCCAAGAAGUGAAAAUUCCCGAAGCACGUUGUUUCUAUGGCUUUCAAAUUGCCAUAGAAAAUAUUCAUUCUGAGAUGUACUCUUUGCUCAUUGAAACUUAUAUUUCUGAUCCAAAAGAAAA